UUCAAGUCAAGGUCUGACACCUCAAGGGGACCUUCUGUCAUCUACUUAGCCGUACAUAGGCUCCGAGGAAAGAUGUUGCUCGAUCGACAGACCGGGCGAACUUAUCUUCGGAUCGCUCGCUUGCUGAUUGCUCGAAAAUAUUUAGCAGAAACGACCCUCACGAUGGGAGCCGGCGCCCACAGACAGCCUAAAGAUCUUUUCCCGAGGUCGUGGUAGCGAGAUGUUGAAGUGCGUCCGCGCCAUAUGCAAACCAGUUCGCACCUGGUCCGAGUUUCCGCUUCAAGUUGGGGCCCGCGCGCACGCUAUCAGAAGAUGACCGGCUGCUUCGAUGUGAAAGACACGCGCUUUUAGGGGACUUGACUAGCGUCCCUCUGCUUUUUGGAGGCCAUCACCUCCCGUGCGCGUGUCCUCGAACCUGUAUAAAAGACACCAUCGACCUCAGCUCGUCUUUCACCAGUCUCUACCGAUCACGCUCUCGUCAUAGCAGUCUCGUCUCUCCACCUUCACCAUGUCCGCAUCUGCUACAGUCAUCUUAGAGCCAGUCCAGCAGGCUAGCUCUGACUUCCCCACAAAGACCAUUGAACUCUCUGAUGGCUCAGACCCGACUAUCCUUGGCAAGGAGGGCGGACCUUUCCAGGCUGUAUGCCAGCCGGGAAACGGCUACUUCCCGUCGUUCGAGCCGCCUAAAACCGGAUCACGCACCUUAAAGGCUUUUCACGCCAGGCUUCGCUACGAUGCCGCACAGAGCAAGGUCUUUAUCGAGAAUGACGCUGAUCAUUACGGUUCUUGGGUCUUCAGAAACGUCCCUGAGGGUGUCGACUUUGUCCCCCUUGGUCACGACUCGGGCAAGCAGACGCCGAACUAUGAACUAAUUGCCCUAGACACCGUAGGAGCUAAGACGGACCUUCGUACGGGGGACAUCAUCCAACUGGGCUGGAGGCAGCCCGAACCUUCGGCAAACUCCCCUUCUCGCGCCAGUCACCUGCCCGUGUGCGCGAGGGUGACCGUGACGCUCCCGAUCUAGGCACCACGUCUCGCUCCAUUUAGUCUCUUCCUUUCUGGCGCUUUCGGCUCUUCUCCUCGCACCCUCAUUGUACGACACUCUUUCCGUCACGACUCGCUCUGCAUCAUCAGCAUCAUCGCCAUCCACCAAUAGACAGAUGUUCUUGCGCUCCUUCAGCGUGCAGAUGGCCGUCAUACCCGCUUAUACCAAACGACAGCUGUGGGCAAGUGGCUUCUCGGGCAUUGCACAUGACGUUCUCGAUACCCCCUAGGUUCCUGUAAUCCGCGCAUACACACUGUAUUUUGGACGAUAAGAUCACAAUAGAUUUGUCUGC